ACAAUGGCAUCAAUAGCGGACGAAUAUAUUUUAAAUGAGGAACAAAAUGAAUUUGGUGGAGAUGAAAAUAGACAAAACAGGCUUUCUGAAGAAAAAAGGCUUGUGGAAGAUGAGAGAAAUGAUGAAUUUGCCCGGGCACUAUUCCCAUUGGACGAAGGUAGCAAGGAAAUGUUGAUAUUAAACAUGGAGGAUCAAAGACAACAAUUAGAAUCAAGGUUUGAAAUGACAAAUAAUCAGUUGUCCGUUGGAAAUACCAGCGGGGAGACAUGCCAUAGAGAAGAAACUCGGAGAGAAGAGAAUAUUACUCGUCAUCAUGGCUUAGAUAUGGAAGGGCCUCCAAAUGUAUCAUUGGUUAGUAGUGGAGACCUCCAGUGUGUAAACAUGCAGAUAAAUAAUCCCAGCAUUCUUCAACUAAAUCAGGUUGCCGGGGAUCGUCUGCUGAACAUAUCCUCUGGAUCCCAGUAUACAGAACACAUGGAGUUCUGGAACUCUGCUGUAUCCAAAACUUACUCAGAUAUCACUCUUAGAUUCCAGGAUGGAGAGUUGGAGAUAAAUAGAGGAUUUCUGGCAGUUAUCUCUAGAACUCUCAAACACGCAAUUCAGGAUAGUGUAGAUUAUAUCCUGCUCCCUGGUGUUCAUGUUCAACAGUUUCUAGAUCUUCUACAGUUUAGUUCCCAGCUCACUAUAUCUAGACAUACGCCAGUUCUUCAAGAAGAGUUGAAAGAAUUGAUAACCCUUCUGGAUUCCACUCUGUUUCUCUCCCCUGAAGAUUUCAAGCUGUCAUUGCCAGCGACGCACGUGGAACCACGUGGACCGGAAGUGAAAAUCGAAGAUCCAUUUGCCCCGGGAUACUCUGCUACUAGCGCUUCUAGUGGACAACUUAAUAUAUCUCCAGAGAAAGUGCCUAAGGAUGAUUAUGACAAAGAUAGUUUUAUUGAUGACAAUUUCAGCGAGGAAUCGAUGGAUGACUACUCUGACGAAGAAUUUUCAAAAUCUGAAAAAAAUAUUAAAGUUUCUUCGCGGACUCAGGUCCUUAAAAGAGGACCAGGAAGACCUCCAAAAGAUAGAAGUGCUGAGAACUCUCUAUUUGCAGAGGUCGAGUUGGUCGGAGAUAUUCCAGUUUCCGGCGAGGAUACCCUUGAUUCUGUUGUUCAGAGUUUUCUGAGCUGUCAUUCUUGUCGUUCUCAAGGCUUUCAUGGUGUCCGCCAUCUUAUUCAGGGAGAAAACCGGUUUCUAAGUUCUAACAUGAUUAUAUUUUGUACUGUUCACAGUUAUUUUAUUGCGCAUUUUAACCUCAGCUGGUCAGACCCUCAGACCCAAUACUCAAUUUUUUCUUUAAAAUGAUUUUUUUCUUUUAAA